AUGGGUUAUCCACCGCCGACUCAAUGGUCUAUGUCUGAAUCAUCUAGCUUCGAGCUUAAAGGAGAAGCUUCUGCUGAGGAAGUACAAAAGCAGUUUGUGAUCCCUCGUGGACCAGUGAAUGCAUCCCUUUCUCCAAUUCAAAACUUCUAUUUUAUACCUUCCCAAACACAUGCUAGAAACACGAAUCAUAGAGAAGGAUUUGGAAGUGAUCCGAACAUGCCAAACUCUCAGCUAGAAGCUCAAAGGAGACCACAUAAUGAGAUAAUAUCUACUGAUUUAUAUUUUUCCUUUUAUUCUGCCUCGCAGAUGAUUACAAAAAAUUUUGAAGACUACCCAGAGCAUAGGCUGAAGUUCUUUUCCCUACUUCGUGCCAUAGCUACUCAUUGUUUUCCUGCAUUAAUCUGCUUGUCAAGCCAGCAACUGAAGCUUGUUAUGGAUUCAAUCAUUUGGGCAUUUCGCCAUACAGAAAGAAAUAUUGCUGAAACUGGCUUAAACCUAUUGUUGGAGAUGCUGAAGAAGUUUCAGGGCUCAGAGUUCUGUAAUCAGUUUUAUCGGACAUAUUUCUUGACAAUUGAGCAAGAGAUCUUCGCUGUUCUGACUGACACUUUUCAUAAGCCUGGGUUCAAAUUGCACGUCUUGGUGCUUCAGCAUUUGUUCUGUCUGCUGGAAACUGGCGCCUUAACUGAACCUCUCUGGGAUGCUGCUACAAAUCCAUAUCCUUACCUAAGUAAUGCUGCUUUUGUACGCGAGUUUACCAUAAAACUUCUAAGCACUUCUUUUCCCAACAUGACAACAGCUGAGGUUACCCAAUUUGUGAAUGGACUAUUUGAAUCCACAACUGAUCUCUCCACAUUCAAAACUCACAUACGAGAUUUUCUUAUACAGUCAAAAGAAUUUUCUACGCAGGUAAUUGCUGCUUAA